UAAUCUCUCUCAUCCCUACAACCCCCCACAUAGACAUAGCCUAGUCUUCUUCGUCCAGUUGCUGCUUUUCUCAACAAUUGCUCCAACUAGGUUAUUGACUCGCUCAUUCAUCGGCCAGCGGAAUCAGAACUCUUGGCGACAGGAAUGAGCCAACCAACUGAAGCACCCGCUGUGCCUGAACAGCUACCGGCCAACGGGCACACCCAACUAUCGGCACCAGCAUUGACCCCGACGUUGCCGUCUCAGGCCAUUGAAGAACCCGUCGAUUCGCGACAUCUGGAACACAUUUUGCUCCACAAUCCACGCCGGAUCCUAUUCCUGUACGGCUCACAGACCGGCUGCGCUCAAGAUGUGGGGGAGAACGCAGCCAGGGAGGCCAGAAGGAUGCACUUUAGUGCCACAGUCUCAGCCAUGGAUGACUAUGAUAGAAGCCUGUUGAUCCGGGAGCAUUUUGUGGUUUUUAUUGCAUCCACGACAGGCCAAGGCGAGGAACCGGACAAUAUGAAAAAGUUCUGGAAGUUUCUGCUUCGCAAAUCUCAUCCCAGCGAUGCCCUCGAUCACAUGGAGUUCACUGUGCUAGGCCUGGGAGACUCUUCGUAUAUCAAGUUCAACUGGCCUGCAAAGAAGCUGUACAAGCGAUUGAUGCAGCUCGGUGCCGUACCAUUCUAUGAGCCCGCUUAUGCGGAUGAUCAGCACUAUCUUGGUGUUGAUGGAACACUUGGUCCGUGGUUGCAAGGACUCUGGAAAGUUGCGCUAGAAAAGUACCCGAUUCCACCUCAUCUGAAAAUUAUACCUAAAGAUGUGAUCUUUCAGAACAGCUUUAGUUUGGUAUUUGAUCCGAAAGAUAGUGGAGAUAUUGGAGGAACACAGGACCAUGCACGCGAGCACCAGCCACGGAACAAACCUCAUGCUGAACCGAUCAUGGAUUAUAACAAAGAGCCUGGAACAUACAUGGCAAUGCUGCUGAAAAACAAGAGGAUCACACACCCUAAGCACUCACAGGAUGUCAGGCACAUUGAGCUAUUGAUUAAGGAUCCCACCUUUCCUGGCUACCAUUCGGGCGACGUUCUUUGUAUGAGGCCACGCAAUCUCGACAAGGAUGUCAACGAGUUCUUGGAAUACUCUGGGUGGACUCAAAUUGCAGACGACACUUUUACCAUUGUCGAGAAUUUUCCAGAUCACUCCCUGCCACGACAUAUCCCACACCGGCAGACGCUCCGAUCGCUCUUAACACAUCAUUUGAACGUCUUUUCAACGCCUCGGACCAGCUUCUUUCAGCUCUUGGUCCACUUUACAUCCAGCGAGGACGAGAAGGAAAAGCUACGAGAUUUUGUGUCUACCGAGGGUCAGGAUGAUCUGUAUUCGUAUUGCCACCGGAUGCGCAGGACCAUCUUUGAGGUGCUACAGGAUUUUAAGGGCGUCAAGAUCCCAUUGAACUAUAUGAUGGAUAUCUUUCCAGUCAUUAUGCCGCGCAGCUUCUCGAUCGCCUCGGCGCCCCUAGCGUCGGUUCAAGAACAACAUCAGUCUGCGGAUACAAGAACCGCAGCGGGCGCAGGUAGUAGCAAUGGAGAUGGCGAUUGGGCUGGGCUGACUCAAACCAGCAAUGGAGAUAUUGCGACAUCUGCAGCAAGAGUGGAUGUGGAAGGUGAGCUUGAGUGGAAGGUGGAUCUCUGUGUGGCUAUUGUGCAUUAUAAGACAAAACUCUGGAAGUGGCGGACCGGAGUUUGCACGCGGUGGCUCAAGGGGCUGCAAGCAGCGGAAGACACCAACACUUCGGCAACAACAGCAAGCACACCAGCUCCAGUAGAGCCAGCACAGUUCAGUAUUCGCAUACAGAGGGGCACUUUAAAACUUCCAAAGGAUCCAAACACGCCACUUAUUUGCAUUGGACCAGGAACUGGAGUUGCACCUAUGAGAAGUUUCCUGCAUCAUCGGAUCUAUGCACAAGGAGCCACUGAAAACGUCCUUUUUUUUGGAUGCAGAAAGAGAGGUAUGGACUACCACUACCAGGAAGAAUGGGAGCAGCUGGAGCGCGAGGGUUAUCUCAAGGUCUUUACGGCAUGCUCACGAGACCAGGAGGACAAGGUGUAUGUGCAACACCUAAUUGAACAGCAGGCGGCCUUGGUCUGGAAGUACAUUGACACUCAAGAGGGGAUGAUUCUGCUGUCGGGGAGCUCAAAUCGUAUGCCGACAGAUGUGAUGAAGGCGUUGCAGAGGGUCUUUGCUUCGCAGGGCAGGAUGUCGAUCGAGCAGGCGAGCGUGUAUCUGGACAGGCUUGAGAAGGAGGGCAGGUUCCAGCAAGAGUGCUGGUCUUAGAGAAAUAAAGUCGAGAUGAGACUCAAGCCGUCCAUCUUUGCCAGCUUUUGUUUUGCAUAGCCUUUGCCCGUCAUCGUCGUUGUUGUCUUCUACCUCUAAAAGUCUGUAUGGUGUGAAUAUGAGAAGGAUCG